AUGGAAUAUCCAAACUACCCAUUUUUUCCUUUUUCUGACCCCAAUUAUUUAUCCUAUUAUCAAAUGGGAUAUCUUCAACCAUUCCAACUCUCUCAACCACCACCACCUCCACCACCUCCUGCUCCAGAUAAAUCUAUGCAACAAGUAGCUAAUCCUCAUGAAGAUAAAAAGACAUUGUAUGUUGGGAAUUUACUUCCUGGAAUGGCAGAGGAAUUAAGAGGAUUGUUUGAAGCAUAUGGAAGUAUUGAAAGUAUUAAUCAACCAAAAGGUAAAAAUUUUAUGUUUAUUCACUUCAGUAAGGAAGAAAGUGCUAAAGAGGCAAAAGAAGAGUUAAAUGGAACAACAUAUGGAGGCACAACACUGAAAAUAGGAUAUGGAAAAGCAGAAACAGGUACUACAUUUACACAAACCAAUCAAAACAAAACAGAUUACCAAACAGAAACAAACGCACAAGAAAAUGAAAUAAUUUAUCAACACCUUAAUCAAAUAUUAAAAGAUGAAGAAAAAGAAGUAAAUCAAAUUAAUCAACCAAAAGAAAAUAAUAAAAAAGGACAUCGUACAAAAGAAUAUGAAGUUAAUAGAGUAUUAUGGGUUGGAGGAUUAAAUAAUAAUGAAAUGAAAAUAUUCUCUAAAUUAACUCAAUAUGGACCAGUUGAUAGAAUUAGAAUUGGGAUAAAUAAUAGAUGUGCAUUAAUUGAAUUUAAAAAUAUUGAAGAUGCAAAAAGAGCAAUUAAUGAAAUGAUACAUGUAUUAUUUGAUGAAGAUAAAGUAAAAAUAAGAUAUGAAAAAGAUCUUAAUUUCCAAAGCAAAACUUGGUUCCCUGAUAUGCCUAGUCAUUUUAUUACUAAAGAAAAUGAACCAAUUAAACCAUUAUCAAUUGAAGAAGAGAAAAUGAUUGAUGAAAAAAU